GAGUAGGAGGAGGCAGCUAGAGGAGUAGGCUGUGAUCAGUGUUGCCGGCUAUCUCCAGGGCUCUGGCUGUCUAAUGUCAGCUGGGCUUUCUUCUCUCCCAUACCCUUUGCAUCAGCUGUGGAUGAAGGACUGAGGACAAGCCCCCAUUUCACUAUCUGGGAGGUGGACACUCUAUUGCCCUCGCCCCCCGACACUGGGGACUGUUGGAUUGUCUUCUCCUGUGCUUUUAAUUUCUUGCAUUCUGCUAUUGGAAGUAUAAAUGUGUGGACAUGGCUGGGGCACAGCCAGGGGUUCAUGCUCUGCAGCUCAAACGUGUCUGCGUCUCUGAAAACAUGAAGAAAGGCUCAAAGUGCAUGAAAUGGGAUGAUGAUUCCACACUCGUCUAUCCGAUUUUCCUUAAAAUGGAUCCUAAUGGAUUUUUCCUAUACUGGACAGAUCAAAACAAGGAAACAGAGCUUCUGGAUAUCAGUCUUGUGAAGGAUGCAAGAUGGGGGAAACAUGCUCGAACUCCCAAGGAUCCCAAGUUACGCGAGCAGUUGGAAGUUGGGAAUUUUGGAGGCCGCCUGGAGUAUCGCAUGUUUACAGUUGUUUACGGACCUGACCUCGUUAACAUCUCUUAUUUGAACUUAGUGGCAUUUCAAGAAGAAAUUGCAAAGGAGUGGACAGAUGAGAUAUUCAGUCUGGCUACAAAUCUACUGGCACAGAACAUGUCCAGGGAUGCAUUUCUGGAAAAAGCGUACACAAAGCUUAAGCUCCAAGCCAACCAAGAAGGACGGAUUCCUGUUAAGAAUAUAUAUCGUCUGUUUUCCGCUGAUAGGAAAAGAGUAGAAACUGCAUUAGAUGCCUGCAGUCUUCCAUCUGUCAGAAGUGAUUCCAUUCCUCAAGAUGACUUCACUCCAGAGGUGUACAGAGCCUUCGUAAACAACCUGUGCCCACGGCCUGAGAUUGACAGUAUUUUUUCUGAAUUUGGUACAAAGAACCAACCGCACCUCACCGUUGAUCAAAUGACCGAAUUCAUUAAUAUUAAGCAAAGAGAUCCACGUUUAAAUGAAAUUCUCUACCCGCCAUUAAAGCAAGAGCAGGUUCAGCAGCUGAUUGAGAAAUAUGAACCUAACAGUGCUUUGGCAAUGAGAGGUCACAUAUCUGUGGAAGGAUUUAUGAGUUAUCUCAGUAGUGAGGAGAAUGGGGUCGUACCGCCUGAGAAACUGGAUUUAAAUGAAGACAUGUCACAGCCCCUCUCUCAUUACUUUAUCAAUUCUUCCCACAACACCUACCUCACAGCUGGGCAGUUGGCUGGUAACUCUUCAGUGGAGAUGUAUCGUCAAGUCCUGUUGGCAGGCUGCCGUUGCGUUGAGCUGGAUUGCUGGAAAGGAAGAACUGCCGAGGAAGAACCAGUUAUUACACAUGGAUUUACAAUGACCACUGAAAUCUCCUUUAAGGAAGUUAUAGAAGCCAUUGCUGAAUGUGCAUUUAAGACCUCACCGUACCCAAUUCUCCUGUCUUUUGAAAAUCAUGUGGAUUCACCAAAGCAACAAGCAAAGAUGGCAGAAUACUGCAAACAAAUAUUUGGAGAUGGACUUUUAACGGACACAUUAGAAAAGCACCCACUUGAGCCUGGAGUUCCUCUUCCAAGCCCUUUGGAUUUAAAGUAUAAAAUUUUGAUAAAGAAUAAAAAGAAAUCUCACAAGUCAUCAAAUAGGAGCGCUAAGAAGAAACUCUCUGAACAAGCAUCCACCGCGUGCAGUGACACCUCUAGCGUGUUUGAACCAUCAUCCCCUGGAGCAGGGGAAGCAGAAAUCGAGAGUGAGGAAGAUGAUGAUGACGAUGAUGAUGACUGUAAGAAAUCUUCCAUGGAUGAAGGCACUGCUGGAAAAGAAGCUAGCGCCACAGAAGAGAUGUCUAACCUGGUUAACUACAUUCAGCCAGUAAAGUUUGAGUCUUUUGAAGUAUCAAAUAAAAGGAACAAGAGUUUUGAAAUGUCCUCCUUUGUGGAAACGAAAGGUCUCGAGCAGCUUACAAAGUCUCCAGUGGAAUUUGUUGAAUAUAACAAAAUGCAGCUCAGCCGGAUAUAUCCUAAAGGAACGCGCGUAGAUUCCUCAAAUUACAUGCCUCAGGUGUUUUGGAACGCUGGCUGUCAGAUGGUGGCUCUUAACUUCCAAACAAUAGAUUUCUCUAUGCAACUGAAUAUGGGGAUGUAUGAGUACAAUGGCAAGUGUGGAUACAGACUCAAGCCAGAGUUUAUGAGAAGACCUGACAAGCAUUUUGAUCCGUUUACUGAAUCAACAGUAGAUGGCAUUGUUGCAAACACGCUUUCCGUAAAGGUCAUUUCAGGACAAUUCCUUUCGGAUAAGAAAGUUGGCACGUAUGUAGAAGUAGAUAUGUUUGGGCUGCCUGUUGACACGAAAAGAAAAGCUUUCAAAACAAAGACUUCUCAAGGAAAUGCUGUUAACCCAGUUUGGGAAGAGGAACCAUUUGUAUUUAAAAAGGUGGUACUACCAUCUCUGGCCUGUAUCAGAAUAUCAGCUUAUGAAGAAGGAGGAAAAUUCAUAGGACAUCGGAUAUUACCUGUGUCAGCCAUUCGGCCAGGGUAUCACUAUAUUUGUUUGAGAAAUGAGAAGAACGUGCCCCUGACAUUGCCAGCGUUAUUUGUGUACAUAGAGGUGAAAGAUUAUGUUCCUGACACAUUUGCAGAUGUGAUUGAAGCAUUAUCUAAUCCAAUUAAAUAUGUAAAUUUGAUGGAGCAGAGGUCAAGGCAACUGGCUGCCCUUACACUCGAAGAUGAAGAAGAAGUUAAGAAAGAGGCAGAAGCUGGUGAGGUGCCAUCAGAAGCUAACAGUGAACCCAGGACAGCGCCAGCUGAAAAUGGUUUAAAUCACGCAUCCACUCUGACUCCUAAAACAUCAUCUCAGACAGUUCAUAGCCAGCCAGUGCCCGGUUCUGUUAAAGUUCCUGCUAAAACAGAGGACCUUAUCAUCAGUGUCUUAACAGAAGUGGAAGCUCAGACUAUUGAUGAGCUGAAACAACAGAAGUCUUUUGUUAAACUUCAAAAGAAGCAUUACAAAGAAAUGAAGGACCUUGUAAAGCGGCAUCACAAGAAAACCACAGAUCUUAUAAAAGAGCACACUACUAAGUACAAUGAAAUUCAAAACGAUUACUUGAGGAGAAGGGCAAUCCUGGAAAAAACUGCAAAAAGGGAUAGCAAAAAAAGGUGUGAAAGUAACAGUCCGGAUCAUAAUUCAUCAUCUGUGGAACAAGAUUUAGCUGCGCUAGAUGCUGAAAUGGCGCAAAAGUUGAUAGAACUGAAGGAACAGCAGCAGCAGCAACUUCUUAAUCUCCGACAAGAACAGUAUUAUAGUGAAAAAUAUCAGAAGAGAGAACAUAUUAAACAGCUCAUUCAGAAACUGACCGAUGUAGCGGAGGAAUGUCAAAACAACCAGCUGAAAAAACUAAAAGAAAUCUGUGAAAAGGAAAAGAAAGAGCUAAAGAAAAAGAUGGAUAAGAAAAGGCAAGAAAAGGUUACGGAAACAAAAUCCAAGGAUAAAAAUCAAAUGGAAGAAGAGAAGACGGAGAUGAUUCGAUCAUAUAUCCAGGAAGUGGUGCAGUACAUUAAGAGGCUAGAAGAUGCACAGAGUAAAAGGCAAGAAAAACUUAUAGAAAAACAUAAGGAAAUUCGUCAACAAAUACUGGAUGAAAAGCCAAAGGUGGAACUGGAUCAGGAGUACCAAGACAAAUUCAAACGACUCCCCAUGGAAAUUCAGGAGUUCGUACAAGAAGCCAUGAAAGGGAAAUUAGGAGAUGAAGGAGAACACAGUGCUGCCACCAACAUUGUAACGCCCGACAGCAGCAAGCCAGCAAUUUCAGGGAAUCACAAAAGCCAGGAGAACGAUCCCGUGGCUGAAGAAGAAAACCCAGAAAAAGUAUUUAAUACAACACUUUAACAGGCAGCGAUGGCUUGUGUUAUUUUACUUUUUGUGCUCCUGGGCAUAUGAUGUUUACAUGUUGCCUGUCACCCAUUGUCUGCAAGGGAUAAUGCUGACCCCGGCUCUUUAAAUGCACAUUUCCCAAAGGAGCAGUUUUGUAUGACACACAGCAGUGUAAAACUAAGUUUUACCAUUCAGUUACAUUAAUCUUUGUCUUAGUGCAGUUACAAUGCAGCGAUUAACAUGCGCGCUGCAUAUUCCGUCAUAGGCAGUUGUAUGAAGACCACUUGUUUUGUGUAACAAUGGUCCUAUACGUGGUUCUCAUUAAAGUACAAACACAGUGGGGGUGAGAUACACCAUUGACAUGUUUGCUUUUUAACUGCUCCUAAGCAGCUCUCUAUUUGUUUUUUUUUGUUUGCACUGAAAUAUUCAACCCUGUUGGCUUUGCAAGCACUGGCUGCUUGCUCUUGAUAUUUUAUGUAC